CAGACCAUGACUCCCUUUGGAAGAAACUUGCUAAAGGCUCCGCAUAAAAACAGUUGAAGAAGCAAAAUUUUAACAAGUUUGGGAAGUUUAUAAAGGUUACACAGCAAGAAAUGGGAAGGCUCAAGGAGAGAGAGAGAGAUGGUGAUUGGCUGGGACUGGAGAUCAACCAGAUCACUUGUAUGCACAAAGUUGCUUUGAAUCUGCCUUUCCAAACAAGGGCUGCAGCAGACGCUAUAGCAAGGUUGAAGCUUUAUCCUACUCUGAGCUCCGCGCAGGGGGUCCGUGAGGAGCCACUGGAGAACUCCAAACAUCCAUCCUCUUUGGAUGAAGAGCAGUUGCACCAGGCCAUCAACCGCAGCCAGCGCCAGACUGGGUAUGGACAUUAGUCCACCCUCUACUUCAGUGAGCUCAAACUGAUGAGGACCUCCCAGCCAGCCACCCGGGACAUGCUGGUGAACGCCCUGGUGCUGGUCUUUCCAGCUUAAACCAUCUCCUCCACCACCUUCAAGGGCUCCUACCUGGAUGUCAGCACCAUGUCAUGGUUCUUGGAAAAACUGUUCAGGAGCUCACACCCCCUCACUGACCACAGCACCGGGAGCCCAGACUGGAGUGAUGAUGAGCACCCUGCUGACCCUCUGGCCUCCAGUCACAGCCCUGAGGACCCAGGGCAGCAGAGACAGAAGUGGGAGUUCAGCCUGUCCUCUAGACUGGAGGAGCAGGCCCAGGGACCCAUAAACACACAGGAAUGUCCUGGGAAGGGUGCUGGAGGAAAAGCCAGGCCUCUGACUCAGCUUCCGCUUGUCAUCCCCAGAACCACCUCUUCCAUCUGCAUCUCCUGGCCAGAAGGAUACCCUGUGGUCCUCGACCAGUCUCUGAACAUUGCAGGGCUCAUGUUUGAGGUGGCUUGUAUAGAGGUCACUGCGUCCACAUCACACCUGGGGCAUCUAGCAAACAUUUCUCUUGCCUGGCUGGAGCAACUUGGGCCCAUUGGCACAGACCCAGAGGGUGAGAUGGCGACAGUUGACCAGCUUCACAAAGAAGGAUAAGCACUCCCAGUGCUGGCCAUAGAACCAGCACUGGCAGAUCUGGGAGAGCAGAGGCCUGCUCUGGAGCCAGGUGCGCCUGCAUCCCUGGAUCUGCCCCUGUAUGUGGAGCCAGCACCAGGGCCAGGGUCAAGGGCAGCACCAGCACCUAGGACAGAGCCACCGCCGGAGACAACAGGAAAGGCAAAACCAGAGCCAAUUCCAGGGCUCUGCCUUCCAUGGACUGUGCCUGACAAAAAGCUGUGCAGGGCCGGGCCGUCUCCCAUCAUGGCCUACACAGCCCAACAUCUGGCUCAACAGCUGACGCUUAUGGAUGCGGGAAAGCGCGAGAGCGUAUAAAGAACUGUGCGCACGCGAUGACAGGAUGACCCGGGAGAAGCUGAUAAAGGUUUAUAAAGUUCUGGUCUCAGUGGGCAGGAGUGAAUGGUUUGUCUUCAGGAGAUAUGCAGAGUUUGAUAAACUUUAUAACACUUUAAAGAAGCAGUUUCCUGCUAUGGCCCUGAAGAUUCCUGCCAAGAGAAUAUUUGGUGAUAAUUUUGAUCCAGAUUUUAUUAAACAAAGAAGAGCAGGACUGAAUGAAUUUAUUCAGAACCUGGUUAGGCAUCCAGAGCUCUAUAACCAUCCAGAUGUCAGAGCAUUCCUUCCAAUGGACAGUCCAAAACACCAGUCAGAUCCAUCUGAAGAUGACGAUGAAAGAAGUAUUCAGAAGCUACACACUACCUCACAGAACAUCAACCUGGGACCAUCUGGAAAUCCUCAUGCUAACCCAACUGACUUUGAUUUCUUAAAAGUUAUUGGAAAAGGCAGCUUUGGCAAGGGUCUUCUUGCAAAACGAAAACUGGAUGGAAAAUUUUAUGCUGUCAAAGUGUUACAGAAAAAAGUAGUUCUUAACAGAAAAGAGCAAAAACAUAUUAUGGCUGAAUGCAAUGUGCUUUUGAAAAAUGUGAAACAUCCAUUUUUGGUUGGAUUACAUUCUUCUUUCCAAACAACUGAAAAGCUUUAUUUUGUUCUGGAUUUUGUUAAUGGAGUGGAGCUAUUUUUUCACUUACAACGAGAAAGCUCCUUUCCUGAACACAGACCUAGGUUUUAUGCUGCUGAAAUUGCCAGUGCAUUGGGUUACUUACACUCCAUAAAAAUCGUGUACAGAGACUUGAAACCAGAAAAUAUUCUUCUGGAUUCAGUAGGACAUGUUGUCUUAACAGAUUUUGGGCUUUGUAAAGAAGGAAUUGCUAUUUCUGAUACCACCACAACAUUUUGUGGGACACCGGAGUACCUUGCCCCUGAAGUAAUCAGAAAACAGCCUUACGAUAAUACUGUAGAUUGGUGGUGCCUUGGUGCUGUUCUGUAUGAAAUGCUGUAUGGAUUGCCUCCUUUCUAUUGCCGAGAUGUUGCUGAAAUGUAUGACAACAUCCUUCACAAAUCCCUAAAUUUGAGGCCAGGGGUGAGCCUCACAGCCUGGUCCAUUGUGGAGGAUCUCCUAGAAAAAGAGAGGCAAAAUGGACUCGGUGCCAAAGAAGAUUUUCUUGAAAUUCAGAGUCAUCCUUUUUUUGAAUCACUGAGCUGGACUGACCUUGUACAAAAGAAGAUUCCACCACCAUUUAAUCCUAAUGUGGCUGGACCUGAUGAUAUCAGGAACUGUGACACAGCAUUUACAGAAGGAACAGUUCCGUGUUCUGUGUGUGUGUCUUCUGACUAUUCUGUAGUGAAUGCCAGUGUUUUGGAGGCUGAUGACGCAUUCCUUGGUUUCUCUUACGCACCUCCUUCAGAAGACUUAUUUUUGUGAAUGGUUUGCCAUUCAGAAACUAUAGAGCAAAUACAAGCCACGGAUGGGACUGAAACUCAUUUCUGUGAAUAUAUUCAAAUAUGUAUAACUAGUGCCUCAUUUUUACAUGUAAUAUUGAAAAUUAUGGAAAAUGUAUUUUCUGCUAUAUGCAAGAAAAUAGGGCAUUUCAAAGAGCUAUGUUUUGAUUAAAAUUUGUAUUCUUGUUUAUUAAGCUUAUUUUUGAACAAAAAUUUUAAAAGCUAUUAUUCUUAACAUUAACCUGUUUUUAAAGAAAACAUUGUGCUAUUGACUGUUUUUUUCCCUCUUA